AUGACAAAGUUGUUGGAGAAAAACAUGAUAAGCAGGCACGUUUUCAGUUAGGAUUUUGAUGUGCACGUUUAGGGCCAUCAAAGCCAAGAGAAAAGUCCCUAAUAAACGUAAAGAAGCGGAAAAACGGAAGGUGAAAACAACAAAAGCCACCGAUUCUAAAACUUCAAAAAAUGACAAGUCCCAGGUUUGUUACACUUGCAUUAUUUUCUCUGACAAUUAUAUCUCCUUGAAAUUGGCUGGUCUAAUUAUCUGUAGUAAGUCUCGUUUGUUUGUUACCUAAGUUAGCAUUCAGGGUGGAGAACGUCAUCCUACUCACACAGUUCGCAGAUAGGGACUAUGUUCCUUAUAGGCCUACCCUACUUGUCCGUGGCGUGCAAUUGCUGAGAAAAUCUUAGGCUACCAACAUUUUUUCCCAAAAUAUGUAUGCUGGAGUGUCCUUUAACGCCUUUAGCAUUCGAGACACUGUUUGUGAAUGAAUGAAUGUAUAAGCAACUUUCUAACUUCGAGCACUGGCGAAAUCCUACCCGUCGACCAACCGUAAGACCAUUCCGCAGACCAUAAGGUUCAUGGCGUUUUCGUCCAAAUACUCUCGUCAAGUGUUAAAAAGUAGGCGAAUUCUGGAUUUCGUCCUAACGACGACGGUUUGCAUGGUAAGAUGGAUCCCAUUUGCGGUUUUUUCUACGGACCAGUCAAGCCUUUUUCGUCUACGUCGAGUUGACAUCCUUUAAAGGUCGUGUGCAAAGUCUCUUAACCAUCGCUUAUUUUGCGUGCUGGCCGGAAACAUUAUUUGUCUUUUAGGGCCUAAGAAAGGUUGCUCAGAUGCAUUUUCACAACGGCAGAAUGAAAAUACAAGUGCCGUCGCAUGUUUCCCUGAGAAUUAAUACUAGCGACCAGGGAAAAAAUUGUUCUCCAUUCACCUGACAACUUUUUUGUCUCUUUUUGUUUACUCUGUCUGCCGAUAAGCAAUACACCAAUUCCCCUGUCAUACGAUCAAAUGGAAUGAAAUUUCUGAUUUGAGAAGCUGAUAGACAUCUCUGUGCUGUCAUGAAGUUGUCCACGUGCAUUUAUACCCUUUUAACUUCUGUCACCCCUUGGCUCUAACCGCAGGUCACGUCAGCUUUGUCUUCCUCGGUGUAUUUUUUGCAUUUUUAAGACAGCUUUCAGAUGACAGCUAGUCUCCUCCUCGUUGCUAAAUGACCAAUUUUCCCCUCGUCGAGAACCAGAGUCACAUUAGGAUUGCAUCUGCCUUUUGACGUACAGCAGAUGCAGUAACUCAUGAAAUGUUAUGAGGGUCCGCCCACGCCGCGUUCAACAAAUUUUUACAGUAGUAAACAAACGACCGUUCUUAAAAAGAAGACGUAUUUGGGUUUAUAAAUUAGAGUUGAUAAGCAUGAGAAUAAUACAUUUUAAUUGAAAACCAAAAUUACGGAAAAUGGCUGCAUUACAAGUAACUCAAGUAAGGCUAACUAUAAGGGUGCAUAGGGAAGGGAGGAUUCGCAUGAAAAGCGAAAAAUAAUAACAAAUGCAGUAAAUAAUUUUUUCUUGACAGCCCAUUUUCAUUUACCACAGCAGAAAGUCCAUCACACAUUGAAAUAGCCAGGUUGUCUAUGAUGAUUGUUCAGUGUGAUUAUCUAGCACAAAUGCAGGCUUUUCUUUGCCUUGCGCCGCUUUCUUUUGAUAAGGGUGUAUUUUUGAUAGGAUUAAGAUCCGGGCCGUAGGCAGGCAUAAAAUUGAACGGAUGCCACAUGCGGAAAGACAGGAUGUUGUCUAAAAAAGUUAGAUUACAGUUGCAUGGGUUGCCGAAUUCAUACCUUUUUAGAACGAUAGACGGGAGCAUUACGUAUGAAAUUAUAGUAUCCAUUCGGUGUCGGUUGAUAUCGUUUUAGCUGAAGACCUCCCUUGCAAUACCGACAAGCACCUUGAUGUUGAUGAUGUCCGUAGUCGACUGACAAGCUGACCGCUCUCUGAGUUUGAUGGCCAUCCACAUCAUCAGCUGUCGACAUUUCCUGGAGUUUGCCGUCGGCGCAGUGGGUUUACUGGAAAGCUCAUAUUUAAAACUAAGACCUUAUCUCAGAAGUAAGUGGUCUCCCGGAAUGAGUGCCUCUGACCAAUGUAUUUCUUAGCAAAUGGCAAACGUUCUCUAAUAAGUUUCCUACGUAUCUGCAUCCCUUUCCUGAUUAUGUUCAUAGCGAACAUAAACAGAUGUUCCUCGUCAGUGGUCUGAAUGGGCAUGUAGUGAUGCCUUUUCGGUGUAUGAUGAAUAAAAUCGCCGUCUUGCUUUUUAUGAGCCGUUUUGGUUUGCUCCGCCUAUUUCUGGCAACACUUCUGCGGCAAAUAUCCGUAUACGUUCACAGUCGACUACAGAUAAAAACUGUCUGAACUUAUUUAUGGCACGAGAAAAGUGACAGCAUGUCGUAAGUGCUCAAUAUCUGUUUUCUUACGUCUAGUGAUUAUCGGUGUGGUAAAACGAACGGCGAUCAAAGGAGUUUAUCACCAAGUUUUGUGUCACAAAACGUCACAGAUUUGCAAAGCAAAAUUUUUAAAACCGGAUUAGCCCCUCUUUUCUGAAAAAAGUGCAAUUUCUUAUAUCUGCCUUCAUCUGAUUCUCAUGGGCACGAAGUCCAAUUGUCCGCUUCUAGAGGGGAUUUAUUUGGACUUGAGGUUUUGGCCUGUGGAUUUCACUAUCGAAGGAAAUUGCCUGGAUAUCGAAAAAAGGUCGGAUUUCGCCCAAAUCGGGCAUAAAUAACAACAAAUGUAUGACAUAAUACCCAUUCGAAUUUCUAUCACGACAUUUUAUGAGUUAGGCUAUCUACUCUAGGCGUCUGCUAGCUGCGAUUUGACGGCUUACUUCCACAACCUUUUGUGGAAGUUAGCUGUUGCACAAGCGAGCUCCUGUGUAGGACGUAUAAGCAGUCGCUGACGAAAAGAGGCUGUGUCACGAGGGCACGAGCCGAAUCUUUUUUGUAUCCGAAAGCUGUGUCUAAUCUUCGAAAUGAAUUGGCCUGGCCAUCAGAGGUAUUCAGACUGCGUCGACUACGUUAUUAUGAUACGGCAUCCUGGUGGCAGAAGCAAUUUACUCAGCCACUGAAACUAACUGGGUCGAUGAUAACCUCGUUUGAGGGUGGUGUGACGUCAGGGUAUAAGUAUGGCUCUCGUCUACUAUCCCUUUUUGCAUAUCAGUUACUAAAUAGCAAAGCUUGCGGGCAAACUAGUUGGUAGAGAUCACCUGCCUAAAUUAACCUCCCAGCAUGGUUCGACAGUAUUUGCUAAUCGACCACACAGCAUUCUGACUUGACCUACACACAGACUGGAGUGGUACCUAUUCUUCCAAAUGUAUUUACUAGAAGUUCUCUUGACUUCGCAUUGAAAGUCGCCGCUAUCAUCCCUAUCAAUUGGUUCUGCGUACCCCGCAUUGCGCCAUCAAAACAGAAUUAUUGUGGAAUCAACACUUCUUCCUUGAGCGAACCUGUAAACACUGCUGCUCUUAUCCUUUGUUGUUUUUGUUGAUUUUCCCACCAAUAUGUGCUCUGUCGCACUCCCUGUGAUCGGCCGUGGUUUGCCAACCAUGGCAUAGCAGAUGCUUAAGUACUGUGAGACAUACCCAUAAUCUGCUGUUUGCCCCGCUCGUGUGCCAACUGGAUGGAAUUUGCCCGCGAUUCGCCUUUCCAAAGACUGGAAUGGGCGGUGCUCAUUUACGAUGCGAUUAACUGGCAGCACAGGACCUGCUGCAUCAGGUGCGAUGCUGGUCUUUGCUCGUACAAGUGCAGUAUUCUCUGUUUAUAUUUCAAUACAUGUCCUGGUAAGGGUACCUUAGAUUCCCUUGUUGCACAGCCAUCGACAAGGACGUCAACUCCGCAUAUUCUUCAAUUGCUAGACUCUAUCUAAAGGAUUCAAAUACCAUUGUGUUUUCCCGUCCCCAAAUUUUUCAUCCACAGAAUGACGGUGGUGAACACGACUCUGAAACGGACAAAGUUGAGUCAAAAUCCCCCCCGGGCGAAUCCUCCACUGAGAAGUCGGAGGCUAAAUCGAAAAAGUCCUCCGGUGAUUCUUUCGGCUUCCCCUUCUUCUCAACCCCUGCUCAAAAACCCAUCCGUCUGGAGUAUACGGAAGCUCAAGUGUUCACCCUUGAUGACCCCGAGACUGUCUACGUGUGGAUUCACGAACCACCACCUAGCCUCAAGACAUGGCUCCUCGGUGCAGCUCUCAUUCUCGGCAUCAUUUUGUGUUGCUUCUUCCCCAUCUGGCCCUGGCAGCUGCGUCAGGGUGCCUACUACUUGACUGUGCUGGUUCUCCUCCUUCUCGGUCUCCUCUUCGUCACAGCUCUCAUCCGUCUCUUUCUCUACGUCUCCGUUUUCCUUCUUAGUCUCGGCCGGCGACAGUUCUGGCUUUUUCCCAACUUCUUUGCGGAUUGCGGCUUCUUUGAGUCCUUCCGGCCGUUUUAUAGCUUUGAGAAGACUGCCGCUGUUACGGCUGCUAGCAGUCCGGUUAAGUCGACUAAAAAGGAGGGCAAAAGGUCCUCAAAGAAGGUUGCCCCCUCAGUGGAAUCACCCCCUCCGGCUUCUGUGGAACUAAAACCCGCCGAGGGGGAUUCAGAAAAGGCCUCUCAUGGGAAGCAGGACUGA